GUAUAACUCUUAAAAGUAAUCUGAACCAUCCAUGAAAUGAUGUGUUUAUUUUGAAUUAUCUGGCCUUGACUUGUCACUGUACCAGGGCAACAUAUUUAAGCAAAUAUAAGAGGCCAAUUGAAAAAAAACCACAUCAUCUGCUUUCCAAAUCAAAGUUCAAUCCACAGAGAAUGGAAUGGUCAAUAUCACAUGAGGUACUUGGACCCAUAAACUAAUGAGGAACAUCCGGAACCCAAACUUCAGAAGGACAUUAUAACAUAAAUUGUACGUGAAUAAGUAUUUUGAUUCUAUCUGAUAACUGGCUGUUACUAUUAUUUAAUACGUAGAGGACACAUGGCACCAAUUUUAACGAAUAGUUCUGAAGUAAAUGCAAGUGAAAGGAGUGACAAUGAAGAGAAUGGGACAGUGCAUGUGAAGAACCCUCACCUGGCCUCGAUGCCUGAAGAUGUUCUUUAUCAUUUUGAUCUGGGAACAAAAACACACAAUCUUCAAGCAAUGUUUGGGGAUGUGAAGUUUGUUUGUGUCGGUGGGAGUGCAAAUCGAAUGAGAGGUUUUGCAGAGUUUAUGUACACGGAACUUGGAUUAACUGGAGAUGGGAGUGACAUUCGGGACAUUUGUGCAGGAACAGACAGAUAUAGCAUGUAUAAAACAGGCCCUGUGUUGUCCAUAAAUCAUGGAAUGGGUGUGCCAUCUAUAUCAAUCAUGCUUCAUGAACUCAUCAAGUUACUUCACCAUGCCAAGUGUCGUGACGUCACCAUUAUAAGACUGGGAACAUCAGGUGGUAUAGGUUUGGAUCCUGGAACCGUGGUUAUAACAGGUACAGCAGUAAAUUCAUUCUUGCAGCCUCAGUUUGAUCAAGUGGUUCUGGGGAAAGUAAUUACUCGAAGCACCGAACUGGACAAAGAUCUGGCACAAGAAUUAUUGAACUGUGGUCGAGAGAUCGGCAGCUAUCUCACUAUUAUCGGAAACACCAUGUGCACGCAUGAUUUUUAUGAGGGACAAGGACGUUUGGAUGGUGCUUUAUGUUCAUUUUCUAAUGAGGAGAAACUGGAUUAUUUGAAAAAAGCCUACAGAGCUGGUGUUAGAAACAUUGAAAUGGAGUCCACUGUCUUUGCUGCUAUGUGCCAUAGGUGUGAUCUAAAAGCUGCUAUUGUCUGUGUGACUUUACUAAAUCGGUUUGACGGUGACCAGAUUACAUCUCCACAUGAAGUUCUGCUCGAGUACCAAAGGCGUCCACAGAAAAUUGUGUCAAUGUUCAUCAAGAAACAACUUGGGCUGUUAAAAUAGGAUUGAACCAUGUUAUGUAAGCAUACAGUAUCUCUUAUCCAAGAAUAGAAUUCCUACUUUGUAUGAACAUUGUCAGAUAAAUGGAACAGUCUGAUAUUAAUUUAUAAUAUUUCAUUCAAAAUCCAUUUCCAGGAUAAUGCAUGUAAUUUCAUAAGUAAAAAUACUUAACUGUGACCUGUCAAAAUAAAUCUUAAUUUUAAUGCAAUUCAAUUGCAACUACUGUACUUGUAUUGUUAUGGUGCAUUGAUAAUGUUCAGUACUGUCCUAAAAUUGUAUAUUAAAUGUACCUUGUUCAUAGUGA